AUGAAGACCACAGGAAUCACAAGAUUCACAGAAAUCACAUCAGUCACAAGGCAAUCACAUGAACCAUUUUAUUCGAAGGAAAAGCCGGCAGCUGCCGCUGUGUCAACUUCACUUGCACGUUUUUUGAGCGGUCAACAAAGCUUGGAUGUUUCAUUUCUGAUUCACUUUUCAUCUGGUGGUGCUUCUAAUCAAAUUUGGAGGGUACAUCCAAGGAGACGUAGAUGGAGGAAUACACACGUGAGCCUUGCCCUUACCGAAUUGGGGAUGACUUGGGAUCCGCGAUACAAACAUGCAGCUAAGGGUCAAAAACUUCUUGGUAUGCUUCGAGAAGUUCGAAUGCGCAGCACAAUUACCGGUGUACAAUUUGCUGCAUGGGGUGGAAUGUUCAGCACCAUAGAUUGUGGCCUAGUCGCCAUUCGGAAAAAGGAAGAUCCAUUUAACUCAAUUGCUUCUGGUGCACUUACUGGGGCAUUACUGGCUGUUCGUAGUGGACCCAAAGUAAUGGCGGGUUCCGCUAUACUUGGCGGGGUGAUUCUGGCUAUGAUCGAGGGUGUCGGUCUAAUCACCACACGAUGGAUGGGUUCGAUGGUCGAUCCCACUGCUCCUCAACCCGAAGCGUUGGAUGAUCCCAGAAAUCUACCUCCUCCGAAAAGUCAUGCAGAGCCGGGUCUGCAGGACAAGCACACAAUGCCUUUUGGAUUACCCAAUGUCUCAUAG